AUGAAUGCGCCUAAGAGAUUUAGUAAAUGCAAGCCGGUCACCAACAACCUCACCGUCCAUCUGGUGAACGGUGGUACCCUCGGUCAUGAUAGAAUUGACGAGCUUGUCAGUUACUCGCUAAGAUCCUCACGCCUGUAUAACCGAAAUAAGCUUCGGCCGGAAUAA